AUGUCCACCCAACCCCAACCCCCAAAAGCCACCACCUACACUCAACCCCAAAACCUCAUAUCACAAACCCCUCUAGAACAAGACCAACAGCAAGAACAACGCACCCGCCACCACGGCGACAACGUACCAACCAUAACCCGCGGUCCGCAAUCCAGACCUUCCAACAGUGACGCUCUCUCGGAGCAUACCCAACGCAAACAGCAACCACGCGACCUCCACUCCGCGGCCAACGUGGACACGGAAUACGGGGUAGAGCAGCAACCAGCUGAGGGGGAUAUCGCGGCAAGGGUUGAGGGGAAGAGUACCCGUGCUCGUGAACAGGCGGGGGCUCAUGCGGGGCCUGUGGGGAGUGCGUUGGGGCCGGGAUGUCCUGCUUCUGCUUCUGCUGGGGAUGGUGGGGAAUUGAGGGAGUUGGGGAGGAAAAGGGAGGAGCAUGAUCGGAUGCUUGGGGAGAGGGUGGGACAAUCACCUGCGGAGCCGGAGGGGGUGGAGGGUGGUUCUGAGAGGGAUAGGGCUUGGAGGAGGAAGUUGGAGAGGGAGGGGGAGGUUGAUGUUGGGAGGGCUGUUGGGGAGGGGACGGGGAGUGCGGUUGUUAGGUGA